AUGCUUUCCCGCAGAAAGCGGGUCCUGGCUGGCUUGGAGGGCUCCAGCCUUCGCCGCUGCCUCUCCACCAUGGACCUUGUUGCCUUGGGAGUGGGCAGCACGCUGGGGGCUGGUGUCUACGUCCUGGCAGGGGAAGUGGCCAAGACCAGCUCCGGCCCCAGCAUCGUCCUUUCUUUCCUGAUUGCUGCCGUGGUGUCUGCUCUGGCAGGUCUGUGCUACGCCGAAUUGGGGGCCUGUGUGCCCCUGGCCGGCUCUGCCUAUCUUUACAGCUACGUGACAGUGGGUGAGCUGUGGGCGUUCAUCGCUGGGUGGAAUCUGCUGCUGUCCUAUGUUAUUGGUACUGCCAGUGUUGCCCGAGCCUGGAGUGCUACCUUUGACCAGCUCCUUGGCAAGAAGAUGGGGAGGUUUUUGGGUGCUCACACAGCCACGAGCUCAGUGGGGCUGGCAGAGCACCCGGAUGCCUUUGCUGCUGGUCUGGUGGUCCUCCUGGCAGGGCUGCUUUCCUUUGGAGUGAAGGAGUCCACCACAGUCAACAAAGCUUUCACAGCUCUCAAUGUGCUUGUCCUGCUCUUCGUCACAGUGAGCGGCUUCAUCAAAGGUGACCUGAGCAACUGGAGGCUGGGGGAGGAUGACCUGCCACAGGCAGCUUCCCGCGAGGCUGGGAACCAGUCCAUGCCUGACAACGUGACCAGUGCCUUUGGGGUGGGAGGCUUCAUGCCCUAUGGUUUCACCGGGACCUUGGCUGGAGCCUCUGCCUGUUUCUAUGCCUUUGUUGGGUUUGACUGUAUCGCUACCAUGGGGGAAGAAGUGAGGGACCCGCAGAGAUCGAUCCCCACGGGCAUUGUCCUCUCCCUCCUCAUCUGCUUCCUCGCCUACUUUGGGGUGUCUGCUGCCCUCACCCUGAUGAUGCCCUACUACCUCCUGGACACCAUGAGCCCGCUCCCAGCAGCUUUCGAAUACGUUGGCUGGAGCAGUGCCAAGCACGCUGUGGCUGUGGGGUCACUGUGUGCCCUGACGACCAGCCUCCUGGGCUCCAUGUUCCCCAUGCCACGGAUCCUGUAUGCAAUGGCUCGAGAUGGGCUGCUCUUCAAACCUCUGGCCAAAGUUAGUCGCUGUCAGUGCCCGGUGGUGGCAACGCUGGUGUCUGGAGGAGUGGCAG